CCAGCUUCAUUUUGAAAUAAUUUUUCAAAAUAAUCUUAUUUUAUAUGGAAACUUCAAGCCCAUUUAUUUACAUCUGAUUGUGUGCUUUGCUAUAUAUGUCGUUGCAUCAUUGUUGCACAUAACCUCGAAGCGAAUGCAGCGUAUCCUCCGUUCUCAGCUAUAAUCGAAAUUAAAUUAAUUAAUCAAAUUUAAAGACCAUAGCAAAAUAUGGCGGAAGUCAUUGUGCUUUUUGACGGUUAUUCGAAACAACUGGAUGAUAUAAGAAUGGAAGCAAACUGUAGUUGUACACUUGUGAAAGCAGAAAAAAAUAUCAUAGUUGACACAAUGACAGCCUGGGAUCGAGACAAAAUAAUAAAAGCACUCUCAAGUCACAACAUCAAGCCAGAAGACAUUGAUUAUGUGGUGUGCAGUCACGGUCACUCCGAUCACACAGGGAACAAUAAUUUGUUUUUAAAUGCUGAGCACAUUGUUGGAUUGACAGUUCAUCGAGGAACGAUAUUUUAUGAAAAAAAUUUAUCAAAUGAGGAUUACAAAAUUUGUGAAGGUGUCAGAAUAACAGCUACACCGGGUCACACAGCGGAAGAUGUGAGUGUCCUAGUAGACGCUAAAUCUCCAGAGGGUCCAGUGAGAAUAGCGAUUACAGGAGAUCUUUUUGAAAAUGAGAGUGACCUGGAAGAUGCAUCGAUCUGGCAAAAUCUAGGAAAUCCAGAACUGCGCAAAACUCAAGCCGAAAUGAGAUUAAAGAUUCUACAAAUGUCGGAUCAUGUUGUACCUGGCCAUGGUCCUCGAUUCAAAGUGACCGAAGCGAUCAGAAAAAUGGCAGAAGAUCAGAAGUUGAAAAUUUGAGUCUUACCCAAAGUUACUUUUUCUUUAUUUUUUCUUUUAUUCUCUCUUCAAAUAUUAAACACACACACACACUCUUCUUUGUUGUGUAUUUAUUACAUGGCAUCGCAGACAUCAUCGUCCAAUCGUUAUACAAUACAAACGAAAUUUUUUUCUCGUUUUUUUUCACCGUGUAUAUUUUAUAAAUAAUAUCUAUUUACUAUAUUCAUUUAAUAUAAAUAUACGAUAUCAGAUAUACAAACAAAUCGAUAGCAAUAAAAGCAUCUUAAAUAUUAUUUGAAAGGAAAACUCGAAUCCAAAGAACGCCAGAAAAUUAUCCAUUUUUAGUAUCUUCUCCUCAGCUCCAAUGUUAAGAAAUUACUCAGUUUUUUCAUUGAGUUUUGUUCCAGGAUUCGAGAGCACAAAUUCGUUUUAUCAGUACAAAAAUAUUCAUUCUUUAAAAAGAAAAUUUUUUGGAACCCGAAAAAUCCAAAAAAUUCAAGAAAAUUUUUAUAAUUCAUCAGAUUUUUCUGUGGGAAGGAUGAAGAAAAGAAUUUGAAUCGAGUUUUACCACUUUUUUCCAGUUAAUUGGAAAUUGUUUCGCGAAAAUCUCCAUUUGCAGCCUCAAAAUCAGUUUGAUUCAAUGUAAUUAAAAAUUAAAUUCCUGUGUAGAGGGUGAUUGUAUUAAAUGGAGAAAUUGUUCAGGCACAAAAAAUGAAUAUUUUUGUGUAAAUAAUCGUUAUGUAGAAUCCAAGUAUGAAAAUAAGCCGAAAGCUGUACAGAGAUUCGUGUUAUUGGAGUCAAAGAAAAGAUACAAAAAUUGACGUUCUUCCAUCGUUUUGAUUCUUGUAUUUUCCCUCAAUUAUUUCAUAUAUUUUUAAAUAUCUUAAUUUUUUGCCUUCAACUCGUUGCUCGAUUGUAUCCCAGAUAUAAUAAUUCGCAAAGGUACUUUUUACACAGAGAUCAAUUCUGAUCUCUCGGUUGAAAAUCUAUUUCUGUUUCAUCAUCAUAAUCAUUAUUUUUAUACAUCGCAACAGCCUAACGGAGAAAGAGAGAGACCGGAUCCUUAAGUUCUAACUUUUUUCUACGUAUGUUUGUUUUUCUCUCUUGUAAAUUUACCGUUAUCAAGUCCUACAACGUCUUCACAGCCAAAUCAUUAAAUCAUACACAUAUUUAGUCUCCCAACCAACAAAGAGAUUCGCUCGAUUUAAAAUACUACGAAAUGAGGAGACGAGAAAAUACUUAGCGGAGUUGGCACCGAGAGUUGGGCCUUCGCUGUCAAAUUGUUCGUUCACUAUUUUUUCAAUCGACUAAAAAAUUCUGGAAAAAUUGCUCGUAGGAAACUCAUGUUGGAUGAUAAUUUGGAGAAAUUAUUGACCGGACGGUAAACAUCCUUUGACAAAAAAUCAAACAAUUUUGAAAUCACGUUUCGGCGUUCGUUGAAGGAUGAUAAAUAUUUUUUCCUUCGGUUGGAAAAUUCAUGAAAAAUUUUAAAGAAAUUCACCAAUGAAAUUUCGACGGCUGGUGAGCAGUAAUUUAUUGCAAAAUUUUGGCUGCACUGAAAGAAUAAUCGAUGAACGAUUCGACAGCACAGGAAAAAAUGAAAAAAAAUUACAUCGAUGGAAAAAUGUGACAGAUUUUUCCUUUUGUUUUUUUUUUUUCGUUUUUUAAGUAUUCAACGAUUAAGAUCGAUAGCCACUAUUUUAAAAA